CUCUUUUAUUCUCAAAUAUUUUUGUUUAAAUUUUGAUUAUCCUUAUCUCCACUGCCCAUUUUUCUGUUAUAAAAACAACGUUAAUUCCCUAAUUUUUAAUCACCACUUGAUCAAUUCACUUCUGUUCACCGUGCUUGCUGCUACUCCAUAUAAUGGCAAUCGGUAACGUACACUGGACGGAUAUUCCACAAUUCUUCGACAAUGAAGACGCCUACCAGAACGCUCUGAGGGAAAUGCGACCGUUUUGGCACAUCUCUGGUUGGACACCGCAAAGAAUUUGUAAAAAGCUCGUUGGACUCUCUCACGGGAUGGAAAUUGUUGAUCAUUUGACGAUAUAUCGUUGCUUCCACCGAUUGUGCCGCGCGGAAAGAAAGCUGAUGGUCCAAAGGAUGGAUGGGAAAUUCGUUACUGGCGAGAUGCUUGAAAGUGUUGAAGGACAUUCCCAACACGAGGAACGAGUUCUGUCUCCAAGUGAGCGCUUCCUGCUUGGAAUGGAACCGGAACCGAAUCCACAACGUAAUGCUUGACAAACAAAUUUUUAGAAAAUAAUUUUCUCAUUUUGCAGAAUAAGCUGUGCUGGUGCUUGUGUUGUUGGUUGGCUAUUUGCUGGUUCCUUAUCUUUGGCUAAUAAUCUGACUCUUUGGAAUCAACUGAAGCGAAAAAAAUAUUUGUGAUAAAUAGAUAUUUCUGUUGUAUAUUGUAUAUGUGCUUGAUAUUUAUGUAUAAUAUUUAUUUUCUAUCCAUCUCAUUUUUGUUUUUCUUGUGAUAAUAAAUCCUUUAAUUUUUGGCGUUUUUCAACUAGGACAGUAAAAUUAGAAUAAGUAAAAUAUCCUGAAAAACCACCCGGAAAAUCAAAGUUUAAUACCACAAAAACCCGCAAAAUUUGCAAUAGGAUGACGAUCCUCCUUUUGUAAACUGGAUAGUUCAAAAAUAUGUGUUUCUGUUGAAACGUUUACAGGGAAAAAAUCAGACUCAUUCAAAAACCUCUGUUCAAAAAAUUAAUAAAACUACAAUAUAUCUGUUUUAUUCUCAUAACUAAAAAAGUAAAUACAUAAUUUUCUGAUACGUAUGUAUUUUUCCUAAUUUGUAAAUAAUAAAAAGUAAUGUUUCUACAGAUAUGAACAGACAAAUAUAUAUUUGUGUUUUGGUUAUGUUUUUGGAUAUUGAGGAAAGGAAUAUUGGUAUAUUUUUGGAGGAAAAUUAUAUUAAUUCUAAUUUCGUCCGUU